CAUGGCACUGCAUUAAUGCAUGUAAUGUGCAUUCAUGUAUGUUGCGGCCAGGAGCGGACUGACCAUUUGGAAACUCGGGCAAUGCCCGAGGGCGCUGGGUCAGUAGGGGGCCCCAUGAGAUGCCACUGGUACCUUUUUCAUAGGCUUUUUUGAGUUUGGGAGAGGGCACAGGGGCCCCAUGAUCCCCUAUUGCCCGGGGGCCCCAUGAGCUGUCAGUCCACCCCUGGUUGCGGCAAUGCUCAGCUUGCUGCAAAGCAUUGAUGUAGGUUUGCUACAUCUCUACAGUGCACCUACCUACUCUAACCAAUCAAUUUGAUCCUUUCAGGCAGGUCCUUG